AUUCUCUUCCUCUCUCUGACACACAAACUCCUCCUGGAAUUAACACAGUUCCUGAGUGCCUUUCCACCCUGACUUUCCUCUGCACCAGCUUGAAUCUCAGUUGACUUUGACUCAUGGAACCAAUUGGGAAUUGGGACAGGCUCCCGACCAAUGACAGCAUCAACGAGAUCAUCCUCAAGAACAGCUCCAAUUCCAGCUCUCAGUUUACGGGAGUCCAGUUGAUCCAGUCCUUCAAGCCCCUCAUCAUCCCCUGCUACACCUUGGUGGUGCUGAUCGGCAUCUUCGGCAACUAUCUUCUCCUCUACGUCAUCUGUAGGACCAAAAAGAUGCACAAUGUCACCAACUUCUUCAUCGGGAACUUGGCUUUCUCAGAUAUGCUGAUGUGUGCAACGUGUGUUCCUUUUACCCUGGCCUACGCCUUCAACCCACAGGGCUGGAUCUUCGGGAAGUUCUUGUGUUACUUCGUGUUCCUGAUGCAGCCUAUGACAGUCUAUGUGUCCGUCUUCACCCUCACAGCUAUUGCUGUAGACAGGUACUAUGCCACGGUGCACCCGCUGAAGAAGCGCAUCUCAGUCACCACCUGUGUGUAUGUGGUGGGUGGAAUCUGGUUGCUGUCCUGUGCACUGGUGGCCCCUGCCAUCGCCCACACGUAUCACGUGGAGUUCCAGAAGGAGGGCUUUGCCAUCUGCGAGGAGUUCUGGAUGGAGGAGGAGAAGGAGCGCCUGGCCUAUGCCUAUAGCACCCUGAUCAUCACCUACAUCCUGCCCCUCUCAGCUGUCUCCCUCUCGUACAUCUGUAUCACAGUCAAGCUGAAGAACCGUGUGGUGCCCGGUCACCCAACACAAAACCAGGCAGAGUUCGACCGGGUGAGGAAGAGGAAGAUCUUCCGUCUCAUCGUGCUGGUGGUGGCUGCUUUUGGGAUCUGCUGGCUCCCCAUCCACGUCUUCAACAUAAUUCGUGACAUAGACAUCAAUCUCAUCAACAAGCACUACUUCCUGCUCAUCCAGCUGCUCUGCCACUGGUUCGCCAUGAGCUCCUCCUGCUGCAACCCCUUCCUCUACGCCUGGUUGCAUGACCGCUUCCGCAGUGAGCUGAAGAAGAUGUUCACCUUCAAGCAGAAAAUCAUCCCCACUAACAACUGCGUAGCUGUGAGUGUGAUGCUCUGAGGCCCGGAACCUGGAUUCUCUGCUUUCUGACGGUCUCGCAUUCCUCUCACCUUUUGCAUCCCAAACUGAUACACACAAGAAUCAGCUCCUCGCAGGUGGAAGGCUAUGACUAUUUAAGUGUUUAACAGCAGCCAAUCACAUUGCACCAGAGUUCCGGGACGUGAAGUGAAUGAUGCUGUAUUGCAAUGGGAGUUUGGGAUUUUAAAUUACAGAAGUAGAAUGUUCCCUAGCUCUUGCAAAAAGUGCCACCCGGUCUUUAAUGUGUGCAAAUCAUGGGAUCCUCAGAUUUCUGCCUCAUGUGCUCCAGCAGUAUCAUGUCCUUUAGAACGUGAUGAAGCUCAGUACUCACUCAGAGGAAAGAGCACAGGGUAUCUCCCACAUCUGCAUGGUCCCCAGAUGUCACCCAUCCAAGAACUGAACUUUAAGAAGCAGAAGUGCUUUUUAACCCAAAGCACGAUCAGUCUGGGGAACGCACCAUCACAAGGGAUCUUUGAGGUACAGAACAUAGGAGAUUUCAGAAUAAGGAUACCCACAACACUAGACAGGACCAAAAUAUCAAAGGGAUACACACCGUCAUGCGUAAGCCAAGCACUAACUGCAGAGGGUCAGGAAGACAUUUUCCCAGGGGGACUGUACUACAUAACUGUCCAUUGUGGGGGUUUACACUUUCCUCAGAAGCGUCUAGUAUUGUCCACUGUGGCAGACAAGAUUGUGGACUAGCUGGAUCUCAGGUCUGGUCCAGUCUGGCAGUUCCUAUGUUUGUACAGCCUGCUUGCCUUGUUGGAUAUGACACUAUCACAGCACAAAGCAGCAUGACUUCAGGGCAAUAGCCUGGGGAAAAGUGGAUUUGUGUCUAAUGGUGAUGGGAGGGUGGGUAUAUGUGAACAAAUACUGCACCAUAUUCAGCCCUUCAUAUAUGGGUGCACAACCCCCACCUCUCCCGAUUGAGUUAAAUAGGAACUGCUCCUCCAUUCAGCGGGCGUGAAAGGCUGACUUAUUGUGCAUAGUUUUCUUUCUUUCUUUCUUUCUCUCUUUCUUUUUAUUAUUUUAUUUUUUAUUUUUAACAGAAGAAUGAUUUGUUUGGCCAUGGGAGGGGCUGCUUAAGUCAAACAGAAGCUUGGGACAGUGAAGUAUAUGCACCAGUGUUUGGGGUUGCAAUGUAACCUUGUCAAAGCAUUCCUGUGUCUAAUACAAAACUCUUUCUUUCUUUCUUGCAUAUCUCAGAAUGAGGUUUGUUGUAAUAGUACAAAAAAUAUAAAGGAAUAACUUCAAGAUUCCUCUCUCAAAUGCUGAGCUUAGAGGCGAUUUUCUUUUCCAAAGUGCAGAUGCUGCAGCCCUGAUGCCUGCUGGGAAAAGAACUGCAGUGAGUGAGAUCCUAGUGACGUGUAACUGACAUGAUUCUAAUGAUUUCAUCCCUCACCUGCUGUUCGCUGAGCGAUGUGUUUGAUGCCUAAUAAAGCAGUACCAGAGA